AUUUUUUCUUUAUUACUAGUCACAUCUAAUUGGGGAUUGGUUUUGAGUCAAACUUUGUUAUUCUUAACUGGGUGCCUUUUUAUUCACAUGUUCUUCAGGGUAGGGUUUAUUUUCAGGUCCUUUGUCUCAUAGAUUCUUUGAGUGGACUAAUAAAUUUGAUAUUUCAGUUCCUUUAGUGAUUUUUUACUUCAGAUAUUACUUGUUUUAUGUUUUAGGUCUAAUUUCAUAGUUUUGCUGGUUUGUUAUUUUCAUGUACUUUGUAUACUAUACACAUUUCUAUGUUUUGUUAGUUUGUUAGCAAUAAGUACUUUUUCUAAAUUCAUUAGUUUAUGUGUAUUUUUGGCUACACUUCACAGCAGUACCGUGGUGUAUACAGGUUCAAUCUGUGGGUUUCUGCCUUCCAUUCACUCCCCCUCUAUCCACUUCCCAGAUCUCCUUCCCUCCUCCUUGGGAUCAUAUCUUGUCCAAUCAUCUUGCUUAGUCUGUUCGAGUCUUACUACACAAAGGAGCUAUCAAAAUGGUGAUGCAAGCUGAACUGGGAUUUUGCUCCCAUCUUUGUUUUGUCUUCAAAAACACAGGAGUUUGGAGUCUCAUCAUUGAUUUGCUCUGGCUGUAUCCUUAUCUGGUAACAUCUCACUUUGGUGAAUUUUUAGCCCCAGUGUCACAUCUUUUUUCUUGGGAUCUUCCACAAGGAUUCUGUCUUCCAGUUCUGAGUUUUACAGUUCUUUCUUCAACUUCAUAUGUGUUUGGUCAAGUGGUAUGCUCUUUGGUACUUCAUUUUCACUCGCUGGGUCUUCAGACUCUUCAUUUCGUGGAUGAUUGGCUUCUGCUCGCCUCUUCCCGUGCCCUGUAAGUCACUCACAUCUGCUUCCUUCUUCAAGAAGUUGCUCGUGUGGGGUUUCUCAUCAAGUUGGAGAAGUCCUUUACAACGCCUUCGCAGUAUCUUAUUCAUUUGGGGGUUAUUUUUACUUCUCAUCUCAGUCGAGCCUAGCUUUCUCCACUUCGGCUCCAGGAUAUGGAGUGGGCAGUCAGGAUGGAACUACCUUUUCUUUCUCUCUCACUGCACAUGAGGUUCUAUCUCUUUUGGGGAUGUGGGCUUCUUUGGAAGCUCUUAUUGUAUUGGAUCAGGCACAUAGGCAUUUCUUUCAUUUGAUGCUUCUCAACCAGUGGAACUUCUCCCAUGAUCCCUUGGACCAUCCCACCUCCCUUCCAUAUAGGAUCAGGGCCGACCUUGAUUGGUGACUUGACCAUGGUUGGGGUUUCCAUUCCUCUGCCACGUCCCAUGUCUCAUCUGUUCACAGAUGCUUCCUUGGGGGGUUUCCUCUAUUCCCCAGAAAAUUUGGAUCAGUGGUCAGUCGAGGAGAUUACUCUCCAUAUCCACAUCUUGGAACCUUUGGCAGUUCAUUGGGCUCUGUAUCAUUUUCUCCCAUUUUUGUGGAGGAGGGUAGUUAUGGUUCAUUCUGAUAAUUCCACUAUCUUCAGCUUUUUCACCAAGCAGGGGAAACUAAGUCCAGAUCUCUGCCUUUUCAGACUAGAUUUCCUGUACUAGGCUAGUGAUCACGACAUGGCAGUUCUGGUGGGUCAUGUUCCCAGAGUUAUAAACCAUGUGGCCAAUCUCUUUUCACGUCCCAACCAGGUUCUCCACAGAGUGGUCUCUUCAUCUUUAGGUGUUUCUGUGGGUGUGUUCUCAACUGGGAACACCACAUAAAUGUAUGUGUUUUCCACUGACUGGAAUGCCAAAUUUCCUUCAUUUUUGGUCUGCAAUUCCUCACCUCUCAGCUCUGGGGGUGGAUGCUUUCAGUCAAGAUUGGAGGGGUCUUCAUCUAUAUGCCUACCCUCCAGUGAGAAUCCUCUUCUGGGUCUUUUCCCUUAUUCAGACCACUCCUUGUUGUGUUUUGCUGGUUGCUCUGUAUUGGCUGGCUCAGACAUGGUUCCCUCUGCUCUGGCCUUUACUAGAGCAAAAGACCCUGCCCUUUUAUCUGUCCUGAUCGCUCCUCUGACAACGAUGAUCUGACAUUUUUCAUCUCAACAUCACCACACUCCAACUUUCCAUGUGACUUUUGUCUGGUACCUUGCCUCAGCUCAGGGACUCACCCCUCAUGUAACAUCUUUCCUUGCCUGUACCAAUUGCCCUUCCUCCUUGUCUGUGUACCAGGGGCAUUGGUCUUGCUUCUGACUUUGGCCUAUUUGACAUUGUUUCUGACCAUUCUGUCUUUAUGUUCCUCACCUGUCUUAGUUCUUCAUCUGGUUAUUUGAUCAGGGUUUGUCUGUUUCACCUGUUGUUCUUUAUAGGGCUGCCUUGUCAAACACCUUCCAUUCUCCCACUUCUGGAAAGCCUUCUCUUCACUGGUAUUUCCCUCCUUUUCCAUUCCUUUCGUCUGGUCCAUCCACCAUGUUACUUUGUUCUGCCAGAUUGGGAUCUCGGGGUUGUUUUUCAUGCCCUGUCUGGUUCUCUCUUUGAACCCAUUGUAAUUUGUUUCUUGUACAAUUUUUCUCUUAAGUAAUUCCUCCCCCUCCUGGUAUGCAGUCAUGGUCCUUCCAAUAUUUAUGCCAUCCUUUACCAUUCCUCAUAUGUUAUCCACUAUUGGGAUCACGCCUUCCUUCCCAAGAUCUUGGUUGCCCGGGAAGGUUGUUUUCCCUUUUCUUCUAUUUUCUUUCUUUCUUUUUCCAACCUGUAUUCCUGUUUGGAUCAGGAUCAUCUCCUUUGUCCAGUUUGUUCCCUGCUAUGUUAUUUGGCUUUUACCAUCUCCUCUCAUAGUUCUCAUUUCUGUCUAAUUUUCCCUUGGUAUUCCUCUGUUUCCCAUGACUUUUUUCCUAUUAUGCUCAUUGGUUGGGUUUGUCAACUCAUGUGACUGGCAUAUUUUGACGUGUCCAUGGCAGGUCGGAGUGUACAUUAUGUUUCUUCACACCAAAUUCGUCAUUUAACUAAGUCUUUAGCUGCGCGAAACUGCCGUCAUUUGGAGGAUAUUGUUCAGGCUGAUAUGUGGACAACUUCCUUUACAUUUGUUGCUCUUUCUCUGCACAACGUAGCUAUGUCUUCCUUGUGCAGGUAUCAUCUUUCUCCUGGCGAUUCUACACAUGUCCGUUUGCCUUUGACCGUUGAUAUAUUAUUAUUUUUUGUUUUCUUUAGUUGACAUACAUCAUAUUUCAGGAUCCCAUCUAGUUGCGGGUGUUGCCUGGAAUUUUAUAUCUUAGCACUAAAUAUGUAUACUUCUGUAAUGUCACUGUGGAGAUGGGGUGUUUCUGCAAGACUGCUGGCUGCUUAUCUAAUGGUGUGUGUCUAUAUAUAUUAUCAUCACUUUAUCAUAUAUGAAGGACCUUCACUCAUGGACUUUCUGAGUAAAGCAGGUGGGGAUUUUUGCCCAUCUUUACUGAUCUGUGAUUUUUAUAAUCACAGUCUUUCUGUUUUUCAAAAUAGGGAAACACAGAUGCUCAUUGCACUGUCUCCAAUGUGUCAUUCUUCCGGACUCCCCAGCGUGUAUUCCCCCUUGCCAUUUCCAGUUCCCAGUUACUGGAGUGAGAGGUUUCCUCAAGAAUGGGAUUUGUAUGAUAAAACAAACUUCAUAGUUAUAUGUAGUCACUCUGUGAGAAGAGGGCUAUCGUCAUUAUACUUCAUAUUAUACACUAUCAUAAUAUUCUCAAUCCAAGAUGCUUGUCCCAGAUGUUUUUUGCUUGGGCUGACUGCACUUGUUGAUCAUCAUAUACACUAUUUAUGUGAGGUGCUUCCACUGGAUGGACCACACUUGCUAUAUUCAAUAACUACAAGAUGCUUCUCCUGGAUGUUUUUGCUUGAGAUGACCUCACUUGUUCACACGAUUUUAUUUUUAUGCAAGGCAUUUCCACAGGAUGUUUUCUACCCAGGUGGACCACACUUGGCAUACUCCAUAUUAUCCAAGGUGCCUCCCCUAUUUUUUUUUUUUUCCUCGGUGGACUGCACUUGUUGAUCUUAUAAACAUAUGCAAGGUGCUUCCAUGAUUUUUUGCCCCUGGACUGCACUUGGUGCUUCCCCUGGAUGUUUUCUGACCCGGAGGGGACCGCACUUGGCCUGUUCAUAUGAUCCUUUAUCUCUAGCUGCAUAUUGUGAUAUCAGAUUACAGGUGUCUGAAAUCCAACUGUCAUUGUGUUAUGUGCUCAUGCUUGUUACAUAUAUGGACAUCUUACGUAAUAUCUGUUGUCUAUGUGCAGAAUCUGUCUUACAUGACAUGGUGCCUGUCUAUUAAGUUCCGCCCUAUAUGUCUUAUUUUUUUUGUUACUGGGCAAAGAGCAUACCUGUUCCAGAAGUAGUGCUAUACCCACAAGUGUUCCUGCUUUUAUAUAUGUGACACACUUGUUCUUUCACAGAGGUUGUUCUCUGCUUGUGUGAUUGCUUUUGUGCCUUCACUGACCCCUCCACCUUUGCAAUGUGGGAUUGUAGCUUUGGGUGAGAUGAGGUAGUACUGUUUCGAAAGUUAACAUUUUCCAACACUGAAAAUGUAUUUCCAGUGAGUACUUCUCCACUCACCCACUUUCCACCCUUCUUCCCCACUGAUUUGCCAGUGUUUCUGGUUUUUAUCUGCUGAUUCUCAAAAGUGAGGAUUGUGCUGCAAUAGUAGAGAGUAUAGAGUAUGAUUGGUGGAGGGUAGUCACAUGAUCAGCACACUGCUGCAAUGGCACAAAAACGAAGGAGUAUAAUUGGUGCACUGUUGAAAAUUUUAGGAAUGCUUAGAGGGCAGUUCAAGAUAGAGAUAGCUUUUGGGGGAAAAGAUAGCUGUUAUGGUAUGUUACAGUGUGUUGCUGCAGGCCAUGAAAUUGUUGCUCUUGCCAACUUGUAUCCAAAAGAUCAAGAUGAGCUAGACAGUUACAUGUAUCAAACUGUGGGUCAUCAAGCUAUUGGCCUUUAUGCAGAAGCUAUGGGCAUACCUUUAUUUCGUAAAGAAAUUAAAGGAACAGCACUAGACCAACGGAAGUGUUAUGACCCUACGGAGGGAGAUGAAGUAGAGGAUCUACACGAACUGUUACAAUUAGUCAAGAAAGAAGUACCAAUUGAGGGAGUUUCAGUUGGAGCCAUCAUGUCUAACUACCAGAGGGUUCGAGCCUUGAAUGUAUGUGACAGGUUGGGAUUGACAAUGUUGGCAUAUCUGUGGCAACGAGAUCAGGAAGAAUUACUACAAGAAAUGAUUGAUUGUCAAGUUGAAGCCAUUCUAAUCAAAGUAGCUGCUCUGGGAUUAGAUCCUACGAAUCAUUUGGGUAAAACACUAAGAGAAAUAUAUCCACAUAUGAUCCAGAUGAAAGAAAAGUUUGGACUGAAUGUGUGUGGAGAAGGUGGUGAAUAUGAGACCUUCACUUUAGACUGUCCUUUAUUCAAAAAGAAAAUUGUAAUAGACCAGAAGAAGACUGUGAUCCAUUCUAAUGAUGCCUUUGCUCCAGUUGGUUACCUGAAGUUUUCAGCAAUGCAUCUUGUUGACAAAAACAGAAAUGAAAGGAUGACUCAACAGGAAUGUUUAGCAGGACUUCCAGUGAAUGUAAAAACAUAGAUGUAAUUUCACUGUACAAUAAAGAAAGUUUUAUAAUUUUAA